CAAGGUCACCUUAACCCUCCACAAACCGUUGCGAGCAAGCAGUUCAGUGUGAGUUCACGUUUAACAGGUGAAGUGUGGUUUCAGUGAUAAGCGAAUAUAAUCUAGAGAAAAAAUUGUCAAAAUAUUUUACCGAUAUAACCUCCAGAUAGACGAACAAGAAUCAUGGCGUCAGUAAAGGAGCAAUUAUUGAGCACCGUAACAGAACCAGUUGCAACUGGUAAAAAUAAAAUAACAAUUGUCGGAGUCGGACAAGUUGGAAUGGCCUGUGCUUUUAGCAUUCUGUCCCACCACGUGUCGAAUGAAAUUGUCCUGGUCGAUGUGAUGGCCGAUAAAUUAAAGGGCGAAAUGAUGGACCUCCAGCAUGGGAGUUCAUUUUUGAAGAAUGCAAAAAUUAAUGCGAGCACUGAUUAUGCGGCGAGUGCAAAUUCAGUGUUGUGCAUUGUAACUGCCGGUGCACGUCAACACGAGGGCGAAACCCGUUUGAGUUUGGUGCAACGUAAUACGGACAUUUUCAAGGGGAUUAUUCCUCAAUUAGUGAAAUAUAGUCCAAAUACAAUUCUCCUGAUUGUUUCGAAUCCCGUCGAUAUUCUCACUUAUGUCGCAUGGAAAUUGUCAGGUCUACCGAAAAAUCGCGUCAUUGGCAGUGGAACGAAUUUGGAUUCAGCGCGCUUUCGAUUUUUAUUGUCGCAAAAAUUAAACGUUGCACCCACAUCGUGUCAUGGAUGGAUUAUUGGCGAGCAUGGCGAUACCAGUGUUCCAGUUUGGUCUGGCGUUAAUGUCGCUGGCGUGAGACUACGCGAACUGGACGAGAAAAUUGGUACAGAUAAGGAUGAAGAAAAAUGGAACGAACUCCAUAAGCAAGUGGUGCAAAGUGCAUACGAAGUGAUAAAACUCAAAGGAUACACUUCUUGGGCGAUUGGUCUUAGUGUUUCAAAUCUAGCCGCUGCCAUGCUUAGAAAUACAAAUCAAGUUCACGCCGUGUCCACCAUGAUCAAAGGUCUUCAUGGAGUCAAGGAAGAGGUGUUUCUCUCACUUCCUUGUUCCCUUGGCGAGGAUGGCGUUACUUUUGUGGUAAAACAAAAAUUAACGACCGAAGAAACUGAACUUCUUCAUAAAUCCUCAAAAACAAUGAACGACGUUCAAAAGGAUUUAAAAUUUUAAUGUUGACAUUAAAAAAAAUCAUUUCACUUAAAUAAUUGCAUGCUAGCAUUUUCAAUUUUUAAAAAUCUAUAAUAUUUAUUAUUUUAUUACCAAAAAUCCACUGACUGCAUAUAAGACUUUAAAAAGAAAGUAUAAAAAUAAUAUUGUAUUACAAGAGCAGGAUCUCUGAAAAAAGUUCCAAUAUGAGGAACUGUAUCGAAGAACUCGCUCGACGCUCGAAAAAAGGGGAUAAUACCAGUCAGGUAGCAGUGAGGACCUCUGGGUCGUUCACUGCUACCUGACUGGUAUUAUCCCUUUUGUUCGAGCGUCGAGCGAGUUCUUCGAUACAGCUCCUCAUAAGUAAUCAUCGCAUUUUUUUAAAAUAAUUUCAUUUUUUAUUUAUUUGUCGCCCCCCCCCCCACUUACCCCUUCUUUGUAAAUUUUACAUUUUCUUUACAAAUCAGUCAAAUGUUUGUAUAUUAAACUUUUUCCACUAAUUGAAUAAUUAAUAAAUUGAAU